GUUGUUGGAAUGGUCACCGAAGCAAAGAGAAAAGUUGAAGAACCUUCAGCAGUGGAACAACCAGCUGGCUGAAGCAGCACAGGAAGUUCCCAUGCAUAUAUUUUUGUGAGAUUUUAUUAGUUUUCUGAACGCAAUGAUCGUAAACCGGCCGCGCCACAGGCUAUAUUUGAUUUUUGUUCCCAAACUCUGUUCUAGAUUUUCUUGUAUGACAUAACAAUUGUUUGAACAAAAUUUCCUCCUUCGAAUAUUGUCGGCCUUACUGCACAUUGAAACGUAGUAUUGUAAUCAUGAAUGGGCUUCCUAUUGGGAAAAAUUAGAAAUUGCGUUAAUUGAUUAUGACAAUUUAUUUUUGUAUUUUUCAAUUAGUAAAUGCGUCUCGUCGUAGGUCGUACUCAGAGAUCGUACCCGAACAACCGUAUAAAUUGUGCGCAACGGCUCAUCGUUUAUUAUACGGAUAAUAACCGGAUGGGCUGUGACAGCUAAACAUUUUCUUCGUCAUUUCCCCCAUCUGCUACCCAAUUUUUUCUUUUUGUCACAGCACAUUUGGCUUUGGGGGAUAAAUAACAAACAAUAUCAACAAAAACGAUUGGUUUCGGAAACCAGAUGUAUAAGGUUGCUGAACCCAUUUUUAAUUUCAUUUUCGACACUGGUGGUGACACCUACCAGAGUCUGUAAAAACAAAUUUUUAAACAAAAUUGAAUUUUUAACCUUGAACUACUUUUUUUAUAUGAACUAAAAACAGAAAAAUAUGAACAAAAGUUUUUUUAAUUUUUUAUGUGGCAAGUUGAUCGAUAAUUCGAUAUUCGAUAGUUAGUUACGUGGCCCCGCCCCUUUCUACAGUUGUGAUCCGAGAAGCAGACAACUGUGUCGUUUCUCCUGUCAACAAUAUAGGAAAUCAAAUGAAACGAGAACGUCUAAUCAGCGAGAUUUUUGUUCGAAAUUUGCAUCUCAUUCAUGUUUCCUUGUUCAAGGUGACCUCUUAAUCUUAACAUCUGAGACUAGGAAAACAGUCAUGAACACAACCUGUUGCUCCAUUGAAAGCGCCGGUAGUUUCAUGCGAGUUGCUACGGUCAAGCCAUAGAUCAAUCAACAAAGGGUUACAAACAUCCAUGAAUUUAUUUGGAAAAAUAUGGAGGCUCAGGCGGAAAUUCACUACAUCACCAGUCAAGUCGAUUUCUCUGGCAACUUGCUGGCUGGUCAUGAUUAUCUGUUCAACAGUCAGCCUAAACUACAUGGGUGUAUUCACCCAUUUCCUAGAGAAAGAUUACUACACAGAGUUUUCAUACCCCCUGGACGUCGAUCUUCAACCUCUGGUCAAGGAUCUGGCCGUGGGAAAUGUGCCAGCAGUCAAGCCUAUUAAUACGUUCAACUACACCUACCUGAAAUUGUGUGCGGACAAGUGUGCCAACAACCCGAAACUUUUGCUUGUCGUCAAAUCAGCCCUGACUCAUUUUGAUCAACGCCAAGCCAUCAGAGAGACAUGGGGUGAUGAAAUGCAAUUCUCAACUAUUGUGAUCCGCCGUGUCUUCUUAUUGGGCACCGGAUUCGACCCUGAAAUCCAAAGGAAAGUAGAUGAAGAGGAUGAGAUGUUUAAUGACAUUGUGCAGGCCGAUUUCGUAGAUGAUUAUCACAACAACACGUUGAAGACCAUGUCGGGAUUCAAAUGGGCGGUGGAACAUUGUUCGCCUGUGCAGUUUGUGGCUUUCUCAGACGACGACAUGUACAUUUCCACCAAAAACCUGCUGCGAUUCGUCCGCAAUCCGUCGACUUACCCGGAAGAAGAAGAACAACUACCUCGCAUUGUUCAAGGUAUCGAGCACAGGGAACGAUCUCUCAAGCAGGAAAUCGUGUUGGCUACCCAGGGAGAAGAGUUCAACCAAGCCAGUAAUCUCAAUGGAAAUUUGAAAUUGUAUGCAGGGUACGUUUUCCAUUCUCCGCCGCAGCGACACCUGCCAAGCAAAUGGUUUGUCUCAUUAGAAGAGUACCCGUAUCACUUGUGGCCGCCAUAUGUCACGGCCGGCGCUUAUGUUGUAUCUCGUGAAGCCUUAUUGGACUUGUAUUACGCCAGUUUCUACACCAAGUAUUUCCGAUUCGACGACAUCUUCUUGGCACUCGUUGCGCUCAAAGUCAACAUUGAACCUGUCCACUGUUCGGAUUUCUACUUUUGGAAGAAGGGCUACUCACUGUUUGGCUACCAAAACGUCAUCGCCUCUCACGGCUACGGCGAUCCCGAUGAACUUCGAAGUGUCUGGAAUGAACAGAAACUUGCUGGUUACGCCUGAUAAAUUAUUGUUUGUUGUAGAUUUAAUUUUGUUUCAUUUGUAAGUCUCAUCGUGAAUAUUUCCUAUCGAGACGUUAGAAGACAUUCCCCCUUUUUUUAAAUAUCCAACUCAUAUGUUGAUUUGAUUUAUUGCAAUCAUGAAAUCCUUAAUUAAAAAGUGUGUAAAUACUAUCAUGAAUUACUGAAUAGAAAUAUUGUUCUUUUCGA